AUGCUCACACGGCCGAGGGUAUCCACACAUUGUCGUAGACUGGCUACGGCGACACCGGCGAAAGAAGUGCUGCCAUUGAAGGGGAUCAAGGUGUUGGAUAUGACUAGGGUGCUUGCUGGUCCAUACUGUACACAAAUCCUCGGUGACCUAGGCGCCGAGGUCAUCAAAAUCGAACACCCGACCCGCGGCGACGACACACGAGCCUGGGGUCCUCCUUACGCCCCUCACAUCAAAGGCACCCCUGAUCAACAAAGCACUCCCGGCGAAUCGGCAUACUUCCUCUCUGUCAACCGCAACAAAAAGUCCCUAGCUCUUUCGUUUCAGUCUCCCCAGGGCGUGGAAGUCUUGCAUAAACUUGCCAAGGAAUGCGAUGUGCUAGUUGAGAAUUAUCUCCCUGGUGCGCUGAAGAAGUAUAAGAUGGACUUUGAGACGUUGAAGGAGGUGAAUCCGAGAUUGAUCUAUGCGAGUAUCACUGGAUAUGGACAGACGGGGCCAUAUGCGAAUAGAGCUGGCUAUGAUGUUAUGGUUGAAGCGGAAAUGGGUCUCAUGCACAUAACCGGCCACCGCGACGCUCCACCCGCAAAAGUAGGCGUCGCAGUCACCGAUCUGACUACUGGUCUCUACACCUCCAAUUCCAUCCUCGCUUCCCUGAUCCAACGCGGCUUCACCAACAAAGGCCAAUACAUCGACAUAUCACUCUCAGACUGCCAAGUCGCUACCCUCAGCAACCUCGCCUCCUCCCACUUAAUCUCUGGCAAACCAGACUCUGGACGCUGGGGCACCGCACACCCCUCCAUCGUCCCCUACAAAGGCUUUGAAACCUCCGACGGCAGUAUCAUGCUAGGAGGAGGUAACGAUAGGUUAUUCGGUGUUCUUUGCGAUCGCCUGCAGAAGCCUGAGUGGAAGGACGAUCCGAAAUUCGUUACAAACGCAAACAGAGUGGAGAAUAGAGAUUUGUUGGAAGAGCUGAUUACAACGAUCACGAAGCAGAAGACUACGCAGCAGUGGUUGGAUGUGUUGGAGGGGAGUGGGAUGCCGUAUGCGGCUGUCAAUGAUAUCGCUGGGACGAUGGCGCAUGAGCAUGUGCUGGCGAGGGAUAUGGUCCAGGAGGUCGAACACCCCAGCUGUGGAACCAUCAAACUCGUCAACACGCCCGUCAAGUUCUCGGAAAGCACGCCUGGCAUUCGGUCGCCCCCGCCCACACUGGGACAGCAUACUAGUGAGGUGUUGACGCAGAUCGGAUAUUCGGAAAAGCAGGUUGAUGAAUUGAGAAGUGCUGGUGUCGUGGCCUGA